UGCGUUUAAUCGAAUGGAAGAGAUUCACAAUAGUAAAAAAGAAAGGAGGCCAGAGGAGCAGAGAUAGCUCGGCUCUUGACCUUGGUAGGUAGAUCGUAGAUUCUUGCUCGCUUGCUCGCUCUCUGCUCUCUCUUCUUCUUCUUCUUCUUCUUCUUCUUCUUCUUCUUCUUCUUCACAACCUGUCUCUCUGCUUUCUUCACACCUCCUUGUCGUUUCCACAAAUUCCCACAAAUUUCAGAAUUCCUAACUUAAAAAAGAAACCAAGAAGCCGACACGCCUCCUCUUUCUUUCCUUAUCCUCCUUUUAGUCUCUGUCUGGAUCUGCCACUUCUGAGCCUGUUUCGUCGUCCCUUCGAUGCGUUUCUUUGUAAAACUCGUGACUUUUGGUGAGCGCUUGAGGGAAAGUAACACUUUUGAUGAGCGCUUGAGGGAUAGUAAUACUUUUGACGCAUAAUUCAGCAGUUCCUCCUUAUCAUGUCUGAUCGGGUUGUAAAAUCAGAAAAUGACAAGGACAAAAUUCCUGAAAAGUGCUUGCAGCCCCACAAAUCUAUUUGGAUGUCUCACUGGACCCACACAAGUUACAGGUCAGUGAAUGAUAUCCAUAAUCAAUUAUCACAUCGUUAUGAAUCUGGGGAAGGUAGUUGCAGAGCUAAGCAUCAUCCUUUACCUGGUGGUCCAGAGAUGGAUGCAGACAGCUCUAAAUUUGUGAAAGAAUUUAGAAAAAUGCAUAAUAAUUCCUUUAUGAAUGAGAGCUCUAAAUUGAAACAUGAAACAUUCAAAGGCCAGCAUUUUCCAAUGUUCAAAUCUUCUCAAAAUAGAGGGGGCAUUUUAUCUCUGAAGAAUGUUGAUUCUUCUAGCCAUCAUGGAGUCAUAAGGUCACAAAUUGGUCCUACCUCUGGAUGUGAUUUUUCUCUAGGUGUAACUGAUACAUGUUUACCCUCAAUGCUUGAGUCGACUCCUUCCAAAAUAGACACUCAAUCAACAGGAUCUCAUUCUGAGUCUGGGGGCACAACAUCAAAUCCAGAGCAGCAGGUCAAAUCCAAUAAAUUGCUUGAAAAUAAUGGAAUAGCUUUUUCAGCACCUCUUAAGGAUGAAUUUAUGGGGUCAACUUCUAGAGUUAUGCCAUCUGAAUUUAACAGUGGAAGGACUCCAACUGAGUUCUUUUUCCACAGGCAAGAAUACAUUGAUCAACCAAGUGGUACCUUUUUUGUUGAUGAGAAGGAAAUGAAUAGCAAUGCAGCUCCAUUAAUGCAUAAUCCCUCAACAAAUGAUAAUUGCCUAAGAGACUUUGAUGGUGAACAGUUCCAGAAGAUGCUAAAUAAUUCUGAUGGUAAAUUAUUCCCUAACCAGAUCAGGCCCCCAGAGGCAACAUUAUUUCAUGGAUCUUAUGAACCACCAAGAAUUCCCUCUUCUGUUCAUGAUGUGAAGACUAUGAAAAUAUGUACCACUAUUGACUCUGUAAAAGAGUUCUUCACAGGUCCUUCAAAAUUUGCACAAACUACUCACCACUUCUUGUUCACUAAAAAGACUGAUGUAAACUUAUCUGAUGGAGGUCAAACAUUCAGAGAAUCCAUGAUAUCCACCAAAAUUGAAGGAAAACCAACGAGUGAGUUCCUCAGCUUAUCUCCGGAUUAUGGUUUGAAUGUUAAGCAAGGAGUGAAACUGCAAACUCUGGACAGCUCCACAGAUAGUGAAGGAAAAGAAAACAUUGAAAAUGUCCACACUUCUGCAGUUGAUUUAAAGAAUGAAUCAUCAGCUGAAACUCAUACCAUGGACAUGGAUACUCUCCCGGGGAACCAUCUCUUUGGUGUGGCUUCAUCCCUCUCAAAUAAGGACAUUGAGGUGGCCCAAAAGUCACCAAUAUCUCAUACCGCAAUAGCUUCAGACAAAGAAGGGAGUAAAGGCAGACUGCCUAACGUAGAGUUACCUGAUAUUAACCAGGAACUUCCUGUAGUCUCAGGAGUGGCAAAUUCAGCAGAUGAUGCAGAGACAAGCACCUCCAGAACCCAGAGUUUAGAUAUGGAACACUUUCUUUCCUAUGCUGAACAUCCCACAAAUUUAAAAUCUAGUGCUUGUGCUGAUAGUCCACUGGGAUUGGAUCCAUAUAGCAGAUGGGUUAAACGUCUCAAACCAAGUGCUUCAGAGUCUUUUGCUCAUGGUACUAAGAGCUCAAAAAUGGGGGAAGCCUCUUCCCAUGAAAAAGUUAACAAGUUCUUCAGCAAAAUACUUAACUGUAGCAAAACUAGUUCAGAUCCAAAGAUGGGCAAGUCUUCUGGUAAAAAACAGAUGGUUAUAGAUCAGACUGCAGAAUCAAUGAGGAAUGCUGAAUCCUCUUCCUCUGACUCAGUGAGGAAAAGUCAAGACAUUACACUUUCGCAUGCUUGGAUCCAAAGAUGGUGUCAUAAGCCAGCUUCAUCAUCCAAAAAGAAGCCUGAAGCUGUGGUGAUUUGUCAACCUCAGAGUUCAAAUGCAACAGUAAACAACUUCCAGAAGAAGCAGUUUCCAAGCAUUGCUGCUAUGGCUUUGAUGGGGAAGGCCAUGACUAGUUUUCGUCCAUGUGAAUUCAGGAAAAGAGGGUCGUUUGUAGUUUGGAAUACCAGAGGAUUGGGAUAAGUUGUUCUGAGCAAUUAAUGCCGGGAAUGAACAGUUGACCAAGCAGUCUUGAGGAUGGCAUUGGUUAUAUCAAUGCUUGAUAGUAUUUCAACAAAAGGAAUAAAUCUGUGGCUAUCAAGCACCUAUAAAAUCAGUGGAAAGGAUGUGGAAGUUUAUAUAGCCUGAAUGUUGCUCUGGUAAGCACCCUGCUUGAAUCUGUUCCCCUUUUGGGCCCUUUUUCUUUCUUUGCCCCUCCAUGUGGACAGAAUAGUAUUUUGAAUGGGUCAUUUGAUAAAGAUUCGGUGGAGGCCUUGUUUCUUAGGGGUUGAAAGGACCAAUGCCAAUCUCUAUCUCUUGAUAUUGUAAAUUUGACAGCAGUUAGCGAUGUUGCAAAUGUACUCCCUUUUAUCCUUCA